AUGGAAAGACCUCCCCAAGAAGAUUUCUCGCUGAAGGAGACCAACCCGCUUCUCGGUGGAGGGAAGUUCACCGGAGAUAAGCUCACGAGCACCUAUGACCUCGUUGAGCAAAUGGAGUACCUUUAUGUCCGGGUUGUGAAGGCAAAAGACUUGCCCGGAAAGGAUGUUACGGGUAGCUGUGACCCUUAUGUUGAGGUUAAGCUUGGAAAUUAUAAGGGUACAACCCGUCAUUUCGAAAAGAAGUCAAACCCGGAGUGGAAUCAGGUGUUUGCUUUCUCGAAGGAACGGCUUCAGGCCUCGGUGGUUGAGGUUACAGUGAAAGAUAAGGAUGUUGUCAAGGAUGAUUUUAUGGGUCGGGUUCAGUUUGACUUGAAUGUGAUUCCUAAAAGGGUACCCCCAGAUAGUCCUCUGGCCCCGCAGUGGUUUAGGUUGGAGGAUAGGAAGGGUGAUAAGGUUAAAGGAGAGGUCAUGUUGGCUGUUUGGAUGGGUACUCAAGCUGAUGAAGCGUUUCCCGAGGCAUGGCUUUCGGACGGUGUAGCAAUUGGUGGUGUGGACAGCCUUUCGAGUAUAAGGUCCAAGGUCUACCCCUCACCUAAGCUGUGGUAUCUGAGAGUAAAUGUGAUUGAAGCUCAAGACUUGCAACCAAGUGAUAAAAGUAGGUUUCCAGAAGUUUAUGUGAAGGCCAUUUUAGGAAGUGAAGGGCUUACGACACAAGUUUCCACAAGUCGGAGUAUCAAUCCAACGUGGAAUGAGGAUCUGAUGUUUGUGGCUGUAGAGCCAUUUGAGGCACCGUUGAUUUUGAGUGUGGAAGACAGGGUUGCGCCCAACAAAACUGAAAUUCUUGGAAGAUGUGCCAUUCCUUUAAAGAAUGUGGACAAGAGGGUGGACAAUAAACCUGUCAAUACAAGGUGGUAUAAUCUCGAAAAACUUUUGGUUGAAGGAGAAAAGAAGGAAGGGAAGUUCAACAGCAAGAUUCACGCGAGAAUUUCUUUGGAUGGUGGUUACCAUGUUCUGGAUGAAUCGACUCAUUAUAGCAGCGACCUUAAACCGACAGCUAAACAAUUAUGGAAGUCGAGCAUUGGGAUUCUCGAGUUGGGUAUUUUGAAUGCUCAGGGGCUAUCACCGAUGAAGACGGUUGAUGGACAGGCAACGACGGAUGCUUAUUGCGUUGCUAAAUAUGGGCUGAAGUGGGUCAGGACGAGGACAAUUAUCAACAGCCUUUCUCCCAAAUGGAAUGAGCAGUACACUUGGGAAGUUUAUGAUCCUUGCACUGUCUUAACUAUCGGUGUAUUCGAUAAUGGAAAUUUACCAGGUGGAGAUGGAAAGGAAUCACGGAUAGGAAAGGUUAGGAUUCGCCUUUCAACUCUAGAAACAGAUCGUGUGUACACACAUUCAUAUCCUCUUCUAGUUUUACAGCCUUCUGGUGUGAAGAAGAUGGGUGAAAUUCAUUUGGCUGUGAGAUUUACUUGCUUAUCCUUAAUAAAUAUGAUGCAUAUGUACUCACUACCAUUGUUGCCCAAGAUGCACUAUCAUCUCCCGUUAACUGUGCUUCAACUUAACAAGUUGCGGCACCAGGCGACUGAUAUUGUUUGCGCGAAGCUGAGUCGUGCUGAGCCGCCUUUGAAGAACGAGGUGGUAGGGUACAUGCUAGAUCUGGGUGCGCAAGUGUGGAGUAUGAGAAAAAGUAAAGCUAAUUUUUUCAGAAUCAUGGCGGCUUUAAGUGGGUUAAUUGCUGUUGGGAAAUGGUUAGAUCAAAUAUGCAAAUGGAAGAACCCCAUUACGACCGUCUUAAUUCACAUUCUGUUUUUAAUAUUGGUUUUGUAUCCCGAACUUAUUCUACCAACUAUUUUCCUUUACUUAUUCUUGAUUGGAGUUUGGUACUAUAGAUGGAGGCCUAGACAUCCUCCCCACAUGGAUACUCGCCUCUCUUGUGCUGAUAAUGCUCAUCCAGACGAACUAGAUGAGGAAUUCGAUUCAUUUCCAACUUCGAGUGCCUCGGAUAUUGUAAAGAUGAGGUAUGACCGUUUGAGAACCAUUGCAGGACGAAUUCAGACAGUGGUCGGCGACAUGGCAACGCAAGGGGAGAGGCUGCAGUCUCUGCUGAACUGGCGAGACCCGAGAGCUACAGCUUUGUUUGUGACUUUCUGUUUUGUUGCUGCCAUUGCUCUAUAUGUUACGCCUUUCCAAGUGGUGGCCCUUCUCGCAGGAUUCUAUGUGUUAAGACACCCUAGAUUUCGUAAAAAAGUUCCUUCGGUGCCACUUAAUUACUUCAGAAGAUUACCAUCGAAAGCAGACUGCAUGCUGUAG